AUGGAGGCGCUGUUGAUAUUGUGCUGCUUUGGCGGGCAGCCAUAUGUUGAUUUGCAUUUGGAAAAGUUUCAUUCUCACCACGUUAUUGACCCAACUGACUGGAUGGCAACAGAUAUUGCUGGUGAACUCAUCCCAAACAUUUCGGCGACAAUUCCCGGUUUGGAAAAAGUCAUAAAGGGUGGUACCCCACUGCUUGCCUGUGAUCUCUACAAUAUCUCUUUUACUUCGUCAGCCGAUCAGACGGUUUUCUCAAGAAAUAAUGGCAGUUUAGAGUGCAGGUGUCCCCCGGAAUACUCGGGCUCUUCAUGCGAGAUUCCGCCGCCGAUCGCCUUGCCGUUGAUUCAGAGUGAAAGCUACGGUUCAGCCCUUCCCGGUAGUAUGAUCCUCAUCGUGGGCGUCGUGUUGCUGUGUCUCUUUUGUGUCACAUUUUUGAUGAUGCGUGGCUGUUUCUGCGAUUGUUUUGGGCCACUCGUCUGGGGAUGUCGACGAGGCGGAGAUGAUGAAAGUGAGAAGCCAUUAGACAGAGAAUGUCUACAGAAAAUGUUGAACGAAUGUAAACGGCAUGAAGUGAGACGAGAAAUGCUGGCAAACGAGCAAGAGUAUGGUGGGGCAAAUGUGGCGACGAUUUCCGAAGGAAUGGCACAACCGUACAACACGACGAUCAUUCCACCACCAGGCCACGGUGCGCCGAGUGAUUAUACAAGACGUCCUCCCUCACCACCUCCAUCAUAUACAUCGUUGGCCGGGAGUGCCGAGCGUCUCAACGCGAUCAUCGCCUCACAAACUCGUCAUUCUACGCAGAUU